ACUUAAUCCCUCUCCGCUUGAUCAUAAGUUUCAAGACACAUUUGAAUCUCGUCGAACCUUAGUUUUGGUUGUUAGCUUAACUUGGUUUUACACUUACGCCAUUACGACUUGACUAAGUGCAUUCACUAUAGAGGAAAGCUUUAGCGAUGGAUAACUACCAGUCAUUGUUACCAAUUUUUGCAGCAGUUCUUGCAGUAUGGAGUAUUUUACUUGGAAUGUCUUUUCAUCAAAUCGAUGAAGGUCAUGUUGGUGUCUAUUACCGUGGUGGUGCUCUACUAUCUCAGACCAACGGACCCGGUUAUCAUCUGAUGAUUCCCAUCAUAACAACAUACAAACCUGUUCAGAUUACUUUACAAACUGAUGAAGUAAAAGAUGUUCCUUGUGGUACAAGUGGUGGUGUUGUCAUUUAUUUUGAUCGUGUUGAAGUAGUCAAUUAUUUGGCGGCUGAAAGUGUUCAUGAUAUUGUCAAGAAUUAUACAGCUGAUUAUGAUAAAACACUAAUAUACAAUAAAAUUCAUCAUGAACUAAACCAAUUUUGUAGUAUACAUACCCUACAAGAAGUGUACAUUGAAUUAUUCGAUCAAAUAGAUGAAUUUUUAAAGCGAACAUUGCAAGCAGAUCUAAUUUUAAUGGCUCCUGGUUUAUAUAUUCAAGCGGUACGAGUUACGAAGCCUAAAAUUCCUGAAGCCAUUAGACGCAAUUAUGAAGCUAUGGAAGCUGAAAAAACAAAACUGCUAAUUGCUGAACAACAUCAAAAGUUAAUUGAACGAGAAGCUGAAACUGAGCGUCGUCGUGCAAUAAUUGAGGCUGAAAAGCUAGCUGAGGUUUCUGCAAUAGAAUGGCGAGCUAAAUUAGUUGCUCAAGAGCAUGAACGAAAAAUCAGUGAGGUUGCAGAUGCCACACAACUUGCCCGAUCUAGAGCGCUUACAGACGCAGAAUAUUAUCGUGCUAUGAAAGAGGCUGAAGCAAGCCAUUUAAAGUUAACUCCAGCGUAUUUGGAAUUAGCUAAAUACCAAGCUUUGGCACAAAACUCUAAAGUUUACUUUACCGGUGAUCAAGGAAACCUUAUUAUGGAUCUUUUGAACCAAAUGUCUUCAAGUUUGUCUAAAUCAAAUGUGUCAGCCAAAGACCAGGUCACAUCUUCAUUUGUGUAGCAUUUCAUUUUUUAGUAAUUAUACUACCUAAAAUUUUUAUAUUUCAUUCGAAGUUGUCUAUUUAUGUACAUUUUUGUAAUAUUGUACAAUAAACCAGAAACUUUUUACUUGUCAGUUCUUUGUUUUUUUAUGCACACCAACUACAGAUGUGAUGCUUCAUUUUCUAAGCCACUGAUCUGUCAUAACUUAUGCCCUUGCACAUGAUGUGUUCAUUUUUUUGGUGGUAUUGAAACGUAUUAGUAUGUUUGCGAUAUUAGUAAGCGAAACUUUUUUAUUUAUUAGCUUAACUAGAUUCUACAGGCAUGCAGAUCUGCUAGAUAGAAGCAGGAUUUCGUGUUACAAAGAAAUCUCAGUAAAAUAUUUGUAGCGCUAUGGCUGAUCAAAGUGGAGCGUCC